AUGGCACAUUAUAAUCAAGCUCAGGAAAUUCGUUAUGCAAUAGAGCAAGAUGACUUAAAUUUUUUAAAACACCACCUAACCAAACACAAUGUAAACAUUGAAGUUAAAUUUGUAUGAAUUAUUCUUAUUAAAAGCUUAUAUGUUUGCAUCCAUUAUGGGGUUGCUUUACCAGCGCUUCAGCCAUUUUUACACGGGUUAGGCCCACAGGUCUCUGGAUUGAUCUGCGUUGGAAAUCAAGGCAUGCUUUCAAAUGCCUUACCGACUUCGACUGCUCAUGAAUAAGCGACUAAGUUACUUCUUUGGUGCCUGUGACAAAUAAAGACUCCUUUGUGCUGCAGGAUUGAAGCGGCGAACUAAAGGCCUUUUAUCUUUCUCUAGAUCUUGCCAGAAGGCUGCUAGCUUCCCUCCAAGUUAUCUACUGGUAUUUGCCUGUAUAAAAUUUCGGUACAAACAAAGCCUCCUAAUCAUAAAAUGCAAAGUGAAUGGUCCCGAUCAGAAGACGGUACCUUACAAAUGCCAUUUUAUGAUUAUCAUAUGAAUUUAUUCAGCUUGGGUAUAAUUUCACGCCACUUAUGUAUGCAGCAAGAUUAGGCCGGGGACGAAUUGUUGAAUUUUUGCUAGAAAACCACUUAGCCAAUCUAAAACUUGAUCUAGUAGAUUUAUAUGGCCAAAAUGCUUUGCUGAAUUCAAUUUAUUCGCUUGAUGGGUUUACAAUAAAGUUAGUUUCGAAAUAUUUGAAGGCAGAUUCGAAGGAUAAUUUUGAUAAUAAUUGCUUGCAUAUUGCUUCUGAACUUGGGAAUUUGGAAAUAGUAAGAAUGUGUGUAGAAGAAUUAGGAGUAAAGUAUGAGAAGAAUUUUUAUGGAUGCACGCCUUUGCAUUUGGCUAUGAGUCGGGAAGUAAUGGAAUAUCUAAUUUUAAAUGGAGCUGAGGUGGAUAAUGUCGACGAACAAGGUUGAACUCCUUUACAUUAUGCUGUAUAUGAUAAUAAUAUAUACUGGUAGUUAAAAAAUUUUUUUUCAAGAAGUAAAUAGUAAUAUAAAAAAUUUUUGUUAGGAGAUUUAAAUUAUUUUUUUAAAAAUUAUAAAAGCCGAUAAUAAUGAAGAAAUUGUUAGAGUACUGAUAAGAUCUGGUGCAAGUAUUAAAAUUUUGGAUAAAACUGGAGUCACAGCUUUUGAGCUUGGAAUCCUCAGGGAUCCUAAUAGUGCAAUAAUUCAGCUAUUAAAGCAAGAAAUGGAAAAUUAUGUUAAAAAGCACACGAAAACUGAUAUCAUCCCUAUAGAAAAACCAAAAGAAGAGCCUACAGCUAACGGGAGUAUUUUAGAAACAGUUAGUGAAGAAUUAUCAAUAGAAUUAGCAAAUGGGCACAAUGAAAAAGAAAUAAAUGAUGAUGAAGACGCGAUGUCUAUUGAUUUAUCAGUUGACAUCAAAAGCUCAACCAUUACCACAAAUGAAAACCAAUUAGAUAUUCAAGAAGCAAACUCAGAAGUCGUUUCUGAAGAAGAAGUACAAAUUCCUUCAAAACCUUCAGAAGAAAAUAAAUCAGUGCUGCAAAAAAACUCCAGCAUAGAAUCAAUACAAUCUAAUAUUUCCCCAGAGGUAAAAGAUUUAAUUUCUAUUAUGCUCAACCAAAAAUUUUCAGUCCAUCUCGAAGAACUCGGAGUAGAAACCAUCAGCAUUAACGAACUCCAAAUGAGAGAAACACUUGGGACAGGCGGCUACGGCAAAGUUUUUCGAGGUUAUUUUCGAGAUACCGAAGUCGCCAUAAAAGUUGUGAACUCAGACAAAAUCGACGACAUUAUUAUCAAAAAUUUCAUAAAAGAAAUACAAAGUUUAAUAAAAAUAAGGCAUCGAAGGUUUUUGCAAAUUUUAGGAAUUUGCAUAGAAGGGCCUUUAUGCAUUGUGACAGAACUUGCUAAGGGAGGAAAUUUAUCUGAUGCGAUAUUAAAAGGGAAUUUUGAUUUUAAUGAAAAAUUAAGAAUUGCCUUGCAGAUAGCUGAAGGGAUGAAUUAUAUUCAUAAUAAAAAACCACCGAUAAUACAUAGAGAUUUAAAGCCUCAAAAUAUACUAUUAGAUGAAUUUGGGCAAAUAAAAAUAGCCGAUUUAGGUUUAUCAAGAACGGUAGCACAGAUAAAGGACCCAAGCAUCUCAGAAAAAACGAAUAUUUGUGCAGGGACUGUAAGAUAUAUGGCUCCAGAGCUCUAUGAUGAGCAUCCAGACUGUUCAAGAAAAACUGAUGUUUGGGCGUUUGGGUGCGUUUUAUAUCAAAUUGUCACUGGGUUGCAGCCUUGGAAUGGGAUUGACGUAGUUGGAGUACAAAGAAGACUUGUCUUAAAAAAUCAAUUUCCUAUUGGAGACAUUGAGCCUAAAAAUAUAAGUGAUUUAAUAACGAAUUGCUGUCAUAUUGAUCCAGAAAUUCGGCCAAGCUUUCGAGAUAUCCGGCUUAAACUUCAAGAAAUUCUGGGCAUUCAGCCUUCUCAGCCAAGCUAG